AUGCUAACAUACAACAACGCAUAUAAUCAAGCAUCCAGCACUGAUUCGGUCAGUACUGAAUCGCCGAGGGAUACAAAAGGAAUCGAUGCAUCGCCGGUCUACGACAACAGCAUCAACCAGGCGAUCGUGUACGCACAUCAUCCGUAUGCAAAUUCCUCCUACAACAAUAACGACGAGAUAUGCAUUUUGAUACAACAGCAGGAUUUGUGUGUGCUGCCGAGUGAGAGUUUCAUCUACAUUCAGGGAAAAGCUUUCAAAAUUAAUGUCGGAAUAACAUCUACGUUGAAAAAUUAUAUUUCGCUGGAUCAGAGUAAGAAAAAUGCCAUGGAAAUAUUUGGAUGGAAGGAUGGUGGAUAUAAAAGCAACCAUCACACGGAAGAUUAUAAGAAAAUUGUUACUAACGCUCGACACGAGCUCAUUAUCAUACGAAGCAGAACCGAUAAAAAUUGCUACAAAACUGGUGCGGCUGCGGAAGACAUGCGUUUGGAAAUAACAAAAUUACAAUGGAGAAUACCGCAUGUGAUGCCAUCGGAUGUUGUAAAGCUGUCGCUAUUGAGAAUAUUGGAGAAAAAUCAACCGAUACAGAUGUGCUUCAGAUCUUGGUCGUUGCACGAAUAUCCCAAUUUACCGAAAUCUAAAAUGCAAGUUUGGCCCAUCAAAAUAGCAACGCAACUGGAAAAACCAAGAUAUGUGAUAUUUGCAUUGCAAAGAAAUUGGAAGGAAAACGUGAAGAAUCAUGCGAGUUAUUUCGACCACUGCGAUUUACGCAACGUUAAGCUAUUUCUGAACAGCGAUUCAUAUCCAUAUGAAAAUCGAAACGUAAGCCGUAAAAAUGAACAAUUUGCUCUACUGUACGAUAUGUAUGCUAAGUUCCAGUAUUCGUAUUAUGGAACUGUGAAUAGACCCAUUCUGGAUAUGCAAACUUACAUUAAGGAUGCACCAAUAAUAGUGAUAGAUUGUUCGCGACAAAAUGAAUCUAUAAAAAGUGCUCCAGUUGACAUACGAAUAGAAUUUGAGAGCGAAACGGAUAUAGAGGAUGGUAUGGCUGCAUAUUGUCUCAUACUGCACGAUCGAAUCGUCGAGUACACACCUCAAACGAACGUUGGAUUUAUCGGCGUUAGGAAUAAAUUCGUAGUGAAAGAAGUCGCAUUUUAUGAGAACGUAGCAAAGACUAUGAGUCAUGACAUAUUUCGAGAUCCAUACGCCUGA